AUGGCCACCGGUCCUAAGAUGGACAAGUACGACAUCGUCAUCAUCGGCGCGGGACCAGUCGGGUUGCUUCUCUCGACAUGUCUGGCGAGAUGGGGCUACAAGAUCAAGCACAUCGACAUGCGGCCGGAGCCAACCGUGACCGGACGCGCAGACGGUAUCCAGCCGCGAUCCCUAGAUCUGCUACGAAACAUGGGCCUCAAGCGCGCGAUCAUGGCAAAUGGUCCUGCGAAAGUGUUUGAAGUGGCCUUCUGGGACCCCCGACAGAACGGCAGCGGCAUCCACAGGACUGGAACUUGGCCGUCAUGUCCGAGCUUCAUUGAUGCGAGGUACCCAUUCACGACGCUACUACACCAAGGCUUGAUCGAGCGAGUGUUCAUCGCAGACCUGAACAAGAACGACGUACGUAUCCAGCGGCCUUGGAGGGUGAUAGGGUUCGAGAACGAUGGGAAAGACAAGGAGUAUCCGGUGCAGGUCAGCUUGGGGCAUGUUGAUGGGCAUGAGUCGGAGACGGUGCGGACGAAGUAUUUGUUCAGCGGUGAGGGCGCACGGAGCUUUGUACGAGAGCAGCUGGGAGUCAAGAUCACGCACAAGGAUCCUAUCGCGAACGUAUGGGGUGUCAUGGACGGUGUUGUGCGGACAAACUUCCCUGAUAUCAAGAUGAAAUGCACCAUCCACUCGGACGCUGGCUCUGUAAUGGUGAUACCACGAGAAGCCAAUAUGGUCCGGCUGUACAUUCAGAUAGCGACGUCGACUGACUCCGAUUGGGACCCUCGGAAGACCGCCACCACGGAGGAGGUGCAGGCUGCUGCUAAGCGGAUAUUCGCACCCUACUGGAUCGAGUGGGACCGAAUAGAAUGGUACUCUGUCUACCCUAUCGGCCAAGGCAUUGCAGAUCGCUACACGCUUGACGAGAGAGUCUUCAUGGGUGGUGAUUGCUGCCAUACGCACUCCCCCAAAGCUGGCCAGGGCAUGAACACCGCUUUCCUCGAUGCUCAGAACCUGGCGUGGAAGAUUCAUCACGUCGAAAGCGGCUUCGCAGACCGCUCGAUAUUGAAGUCUUACGAGUCUGAGAGGAAGCUGAUCGCCGAGAACCUGCUCAACUUCGACUCGCGGUACGCAAAGCUGUUCUCCGCCCGCCAGCCUUCAGCGGGAGAAGUCCAGGACGCCACCAAGAACACUGACAAGGAGGAACAUCAAGACAACGAAUUCGUCAAGAUGUUCAAAGAGUCCUGCGAAUUUACCUCCGGCUACGGCGUAGCCUACGACCCCAACAUCUUCAACUGGUCCGAGUCCCACCCAGCCCAACACUCCCUCUUCCUCUCCCCCGCCAAAGGCCGCACGAAAGCCCGAACAGGCCGCAUCAUGACCCCCGCAACCGUCACUCGCGUUGCGGACGCCAACGUCGUGCACCUCGAGCAGGAAGUUCCGCUCAACGGCUCCUACCGCAUCUACCUUUUCGCCGGCAAGCCCUCAGUCACAAAGAACGCCGUAGCGGACUUUGCCUACAACCUCUCGAAGAAAUCCUCCUUCUACUCCGCCUACACCCGCCCGGACGUCGACAGCGUCGACUACCACGAACGUCACCUCCCGCACAGCCACUUCUUCACCGUCUGCACCAUCUUCAACGCGCAUCGCCCGGACAUUGAAAUACACGAAAUGCUCCCGGAGACGCUGGUGCGGUACUGGGACCACGUCUACGCGGACGAUAUCUGGGACCAGCGGGCGCCGAAUGCGAAGGCGGCGGCGCAUGCGAAGAUGGGGUUGCCGGAGGAUGAGGGGGGUGUGGUGGUGGUGAGGCCGGAUGGGUAUGUGGGGUGUGUGGUGAAGCUGGUGCAUGGGAGUGGGACGGUGGAUGCGUUGAAUCAGUACUUUGGUUCCUUUUGUGUGAAGAAGUUGGGUGGUGCUGGGGCGCAGCUGUGA